AUGGAUUCUGAACCUGGAUUUAUAUGGACACUGGUUCAGUCGUUUUCCUAGCCUGCGUGGCAGGCGUUCGAAAGGGAAGGGAAGGGAAUUAGGGCACGAGACCACACGCGAGGGAGGAGCCUAAAACUCCCUUUCCCAUCCCUUUCAAAUGCCUGCCACGCAGGCUAUCGUUUUCCUUGGAAAACACUGACAUUUUCAGAGGACAACGAUUCGGAAUAAAUCUUCCAUUGAAUUUUGUCUCCCGGAGUAGUAUGAGUGUUGAGUCCAGCAGCUCUGGCAGUGGAGUCGAUUGGACGAUGUCAGUAGAAUGCCGUUGUUACAGAUGCAAUCUUUGGCUGACCACUCUACACAAUUGCAAGCAACCUGUAACUUGCCCACCUACGGCCUUAAAAAACAGAUUACGCGCGCGCCAAGCUGA